UUUGUAUAUUUUGGUAUUAUUUGUUUAAAUAACUUUCGUUGUUGACUAUGCGACUCAAUAAAAUGCGGUAAUUUAGCCACUUUGUUCCCUUCAGUUUUGACGCGCUAGUGACAUAUAUUUAAUACUAGCGGACCCGGUCAAGCUUCGCUUUGACUUAUGUGCACUUCUUCCCUAUCCCUACUCUAACCCUACCCUACCCCUCCCUACCCCUACUUCUUCUGCUUGACUCUUAAACAUUUGUAUGAGAAAUAGAAAACGGUUGUUUUUAUGGUUUUCCCGGCAAUUAUUCUUUACCUUCUCUAAACCUCCACGAUCAUUUCAAGACCAAGAUGAGAUAAAUCCGCUCAGCCGUUCUCGAGUUUUAGCGAGACUAACGAACAGCAAUACAUUUAUAUAUUAAGCGUAGAUAAAUUCUUUGCGUAUAAUCUAUUCCAAGAUAGCCCAUUACUAUCUUAAAUUGCAGUUUGCAUCGUCACCUAACAUCAGUAGGCCAUUGUCAACAAAUAGCAAAUAUUACUCACUCUGUCGUCCCAACGUAACGAAAGAGUGAGUGAUAUUUCGAACCUGGUGCUAUUGGUCGACAUGUACCAUUCUCUUGUCUCGAUGUAUGUCGUAUCGUAGUGCAUAUCUUAGACAUACAGGUGAGACUGCAAGUCAAGGGUUGUUAGAAAAGAUAUCACAGAAAAAUAAGCAACUUAAACGAGUUACUCAUGUAAGGAGCUUGCACAUUACUAUUUACUACAGGUGCAGCAUACGUACAAUAGAUGCAGCAUACGUACAAUAGAUGCCGUAUACUUAGUAAUGAUGCAGCUUUCUGUGCCGUUUAGAAGCAACACUAUGUGACAGAAGGAGCUUGUAUACAACAUAGUGCCGGCUAGAAGCGUAAUAGUGUGAUCUCAGAAUACAGAAAACCACUGUGGUUUUCUGUAUUCUGAGAGUGUGAUUUGCUACGUAUUUUAAGUAUGGCGCACUAGAAUUUUUUUCACAGUUUACAUUCGUAAUAAAUGAUCAAAGGGAUAUCCUACAGAGACAAUUCAUUGAUGGACUUGCAAAUUCAGUUUAUACAACAACUCACUCACAAUGUUGAUUAACUCACAGUGAAAUUGCAUUGAGCAGUAGAAAUCUGCUUUUAAAUGCAUUGUAUGCUGUUGUCGUAUCUUACAAUAUACAUAUAUUCAUUUUCAUUUUGGUACAUUUCCAACUCGGAUUUUUAUGUUGCGAAAUUCUUUUUCAUUUUGGCUUCAAUAUGAUUUCUUUCAAUACAAUAGAUACUCAUACGUGUUUGGUAAAAGUGUAGAAGAGGAUCUGAAUUAAAACAACUAUGUAUGUCUCACUUUGCUAUGUUUAAAAAAAAUUGCCUGGCAUAAAUUAAAAUCUUUUUGUUCUUACAAGAGUAUAUUGAUAGGUGUGCAUUAAUUGUUAUAAUAGUUUCACAUGCAUUGAUAAUUCCUAGUAAAAUUAAAAAUCCUUUGUAUUUAUACUUUCGUAUCUAUGACUCGUGCUCAACAGUGAGCCGAAUAUGGGUUGUUAAUGAUAAUGAUGAUCUAUGCUUUUUAAUGUUUAUUUAUUAAUUUUAUGAAAAAUCGUGUUAUUGUUGAGCAAAGGUUUAAAUUUUCAAUUCUAUUAUCACGUUUUCUUUCAAGAAAUUAUUGUAUUUAUUUUAUCUCUCAAUAAUAAAUAAUUAAUUUUAUUGCAUUUAUAGAUAUUUAAUGCUCAAUAAACAGAACAACUUGCUUAAACCGAGGAGUACGUUGAGCAAAAUCGUUACAUAUUAUCAAAAAUCGGAGAAAAUUUUGUAGUAAGAAUUUGUGGUCAUGACCCUGCUGAAUCCGGUACUCGGGGUGUACCAUGAUUUUCAAACCCUAUGCAAAAUAAACGAACAAAAUAACUUACGUAUUAGAUGAUCUAUAAAUACUAAUUUUAUUGCUGAUUGUGAUCCUAUAUAAUGGCUUAAUAUUUAAUUCAAAUAUUAUUAUUAAUAAAAAAAGGUUGAUUAAUGUACAAUGUACAAAGAAUUCUAUGUCGUAAUGUUAAGACUAUGAAGUACAAGAUUCGCUAGAAAACUUUCACAAGCAAAUUGCGGUCUAUUAAAGAUUUCUUUAUGCGACGAAAGGCUGUAAGUCAUACGUUCAUCCAAGAAGGUUAGCAUCAGCAUUAGCAUGCACGGGACGCCGCGCCGCCUACUUACCAUGAGCAAUGCGGAACACCGGGGUCACUUGGAGAAUUUAAUUGUGUUCCAUUAUCAUAUUUAGGCUCUUUUACGGUAACUCAAAAGUGAAAACUGAAUGGGACUCGACGUCGCUAGUCAUUCGUCAGCCGAGAUCGAUGGAGACAACUUCCUCGGUACGGUAGCUCAGGAUAUCGAAAUGGUGCUUCAUCGGUUUUGUGUUGCGGUUGUAGCUGUGGCCGCGUGCGUUUCGGCUAUCGUAGGCCCUGCAGCCAAUAGUUCCAAGCUCGUGAUUGUCACAAAGGCCGAUACUUACCUGGACGCGUAUUCCAAAUCCCGUGUGGACGCUGAAAAUGCGAAGGAAAGUGUUGUUAUAAUAACAGCAAAGGAUGGAGAGAAGAAGAUAUCGAAUCGUGAUGACAGCUACAAUACUGGAUACGAUUAUUCGUCGCCGUCGUAUUCCAGCAGCGAUAGUUAUUCUCCGUCGGGAUCGUCGAGUUAUUCGAACUAUUCUCCGCCUUCAAGUUACGGAACACCAGUGAAAUUCGAACCUGAAGUGACGUAUAACUCUCCACCGAACACUUAUGGACCGCCGUCGUCUAAUUACGGACCACCCGCCCCGAGCUAUGGGCCACCGUCUCCGAGCUACGGACCGCCUUCUCACUCGUAUGGACCUCCAGCUCCGGCUUACGGACCUCCAAUCCAUAAACCCUUACCUCCAGUUUACGGACCACCAAUCAAGCCAUCCUACGGAGUUCCGUACACAGCGCCAGGGCUUGGAUUCUUGGAUAAAUUGUCACUGAAAUUAGAUAUUUUGACGAUUGCAAAGCUUUUGCUGAAGCUCCUUAUAUUCAAGAAGAUAGUGACUAUGAUCGCUGUGGUGUGCAUGCUACUCGUUAUUCCUAAGCUCAUUUCCUUCAAGAAAGAUAAACAUGGUGGUGAAACCGAUGAGGAUGAACGCAUGUUCGGUGCCAGAAAUGUAGUGGAGUUGACAUCAGCCCAGCAAUUGUUGGAGCGCGCAAUUCACGUUUACGGCCGGCAGAAAAGCGACUGUGGAGUCACGUGUCGCGUGCGCAGAGUCCUGGACGAUAUCUACGACUUUGAACCCUAUUUCAGGUCCGGUCCCUCAGCAUCCAACGAGGUAUCCUGAAUACGUCGACACAGGCGUAUUUGUGCCAUUUUUUAAGCAUUUACAAGUACCUUACUUCCUUAAUACGAAGAAGACUAAAUUAAACUAUUUAUUAUUUUAUUUAUUUAAUGUAAGUAAGUUAUUUCUUAAAUAAAAUUUUAGUACAAUAA